UUAUUCCUUUCUUAUACGCAAAUUUUAUCAAUUUAUUACAACAACCUGUUAGUACUACGUAAAAAGUUCAAUUGCUCGACUCAUACUAAUUGUCGAAUCGGUACGCCAGCAUUGUGCUCCUUCGGUGAUCGUUUAUUCGUUAUGUAAUCGUUGAAUUAUGACUUUGAAGUCGAACAUACCUGUUUUUUUAUAUACUCGUUCAAAAAUAUUACGAAUGUCUGGCGUUAUUUUUUCAUACGUGAAUCAGUCUCUUUAUCUGAACUGAUUAUAUUUAGUUUAAGGUUCUAUAUUCGUAUGCCAGUCUGGUGUUUCAUGAGAAGUGCCCAGCAUAAUGCCGGUUAAUGAUCCUGUGGCCAAGAGCAAUGCCCCAGAGGGUGGCUGGGGCUGGUGGGUUGUGAUAGCCUAUUCUUUAAAUAAUAUGAUAGUUAUUUCAAUCCUACAAGUGUUUGGGUUGUUGUACAAAGAUCGUUUGCUCAAAGAGUUGGAAAUGAGCGCCGUAGAAAUCAGUAUUAUAGUAAUGGUCAACAGUUCAUUCGGAAUGUUAUUUGCGAUAUUCAACGGUCCUAUUCUGCGAAAUUUCGGGUUUCGAAAAGUAGCGAUUAUGGGCUCGAUAAUUAUAUUUAUUGGAAACGUAUUGACGAGUCAAUCGACUACUUUUAUACAGUUUUUCGUUUAUUUUAGUAUUUUGGUUUCUAUUGGCACUGAUCUGGUGAUGGCUGCGUUUCAUCUGGCUUUAAAUACCUAUUUCGUUAGUAAACGUGGUAUGGCAACUGGUAUCGCGAUGUCGUUUACUGGAAUUGGACCUAUUUUUAUGCCACUGCUCGUUAGUGCCUUAUUGUGGGAAUUUGGGGUGUCUGGAAGCGGUUUAAUUCUUUCGGCGGUUUCGUUACAUUCGCUAGCUGCGGCGUUACUGCUCCAGCCUGUGAAAUGGCAUAGAAAUAGGACACCUAAUGAACAGAAAGGAGAAAAAGACAAGGCGAUUCCUGAAAACAAAGACGCUUCUGAACAAAAGAAAAAUACCGAUGAUCAAGCAGAUGACGAAGUUUCACCGGAUACUAAACUAAUGAAAACUGAAUCAGUCUCCAUCAACGUUGAUCAUAAAAUUAACACCGUUGACGACGCAGAUGACGAAAAAAGACCUCCAUUACGCAGCUUGGACGACGUAGUAAAAAGAGGAGAUUCUUUCUCAACCAGAAUAGUACAGUUUUUUGAUCUAGAUCUGCUAAGAGAUCCGUUCUACGUGAAUAUUUCCAUGGGAUUAACUAUCGCUUAUGUUGGCGAAAUGUCGUUCUCUUUGAUGUUGCCCUUUAUCUUGGAUGAUCGCGGAUUAGAUACCAAGCAAAUCGCAAUAUUUAUGUCAGUUUUAGCCGGAGCUGAUAUCGCUUCCAGAUUAGUGUCUCCUUUUGUUGGUCAUCACGUUAAAUCUAAAGUUAGGAUAGUUUAUUUGAUCGGAUUAUCGAGCGGUAUUAUUAUCCGAACAUGCAUGAUAUAUUCUCACGGAUUUGUUCUAAUGAUGCUGAUAGCUAUUGGACUGGGUAUUUCUAAAGGGGUUCGAUCAGUAUACACAGCUCUUGUUAUACCUGGUUACGUACCUUUGAAUAAAUUAGCAUCAGCUACCGGUCUUCAAAUGGUCAUGAAUGGAGUUCUUUUACUCAUUUUUGGACCUUUACUAGGAAAAAUUAAAGACGAUAGCAAAAAUUACAACAGAUGGUUACACGUUGUAAAUUGUUUCGGCGUAAUUACAAUAAUACUAUGGUGUACAGAAAUAUGUCUAUUGCGUAAAAGGAAGCAAAAUAUCAAGAAGAAAACACCGAUUGUGAAAAAUAUGACUCGAUAGCCGGACUAUCUUUCUUGCGAAUUAAUGUACUUCAUAUACUACAUUAUAAAUCGCUGCUGUGAUAUACACUUUCAAUUUAAAAUUAAGCUUUUCCGUGGUUCAUAAUGUUUUUUAAAUGUGUUUUUCUAUUCACCUUUUUACUUAACAGUUUAGAGUAUUACUUGUGAAUAAUAUGCUAUAAGUUGAUCGAAUAUGUUUUUUUUUCUACUACCUUCGACGAGUCUGAAUAUAAUAAAUCAAAACACGACUGAGAGGUAUCGAAUUUAACAACAUUUAUAAAAAUUUUACAUACUAACAAUACGUUUUAAUUAUUUCAUUAUUUAUAUACGAUGUUUAUUGUAAUGUAUUUUUUACUCGCUGAAUAAUUUGAUCGCAUGUGGGACUGAAAGUACAAACAAAUUGCAUGAGUUUGUUAUGUUAUACUGAAAAUACAACCUUUCUUAUAAAA